AUGCCUGCUAACCUAAUGCAGAAAGUAACUGACUCCUUGAUGGGCACUGAGCCAUUGAAUCAGAAGGAACUUAGUGAUGAUUCGGAGGACUAUUUAGUCAAGAAACUUCAUACAGAAACAGGUCAGAAAUGGUGGGAAAAGAAGAAGACUUCUAAGAAGGCCAAGAUAUCUAUCCUUUCACCUGGUGGUUCAUCUGAUGGUACUGAAAGUACAAUUAAACCCCAAGUUUUCUUUACCUUUGUGAAGGUGGCUAAGUAUGAGGAGGUUAAACAACCUAGCCCUCCUGAUACCAUUGUUACAUGGGAGGAUAACUUUCUCUGCUCAGCCAAGAGUAGUGAUGGUUAUGAUCUGGCAUAUUACUUACUCCAUGCAAUCUCCCAAACUAAUGUGAACAUGAUCACCACCAACAUGUUGGAAUUUCCAAAGGUUGUUCCACUACAUCAGGGAGUGACGGCCACCAGCCUUAACAAGGUUGGAAGUUUUAUAGAGGUUGAUGGAGAGCUUGCAGUAGAGAUCUAUCUAGUAAAGGGCUGGACUGGGAUAGAUCAACUGGCUUAUUUUGAAAAUGUCAAGCCAUGCAGCAAGUUUAUCACCAAGUCCGGUAAAUCAUUCAAGGUAAUAUGCCAAAUGAUUUACGAUCUCAGGCUGCACUCCCACUGCAUCAAUGACAUCCUCAAGUUUGCUGACCCUGAACACCAUGCAGAACUUCUGAAAGUCAAAGAGAAGGUGUAG